AUGUAGAUGUAGAUGUAGAUGUCCUUAACGUGAAUAUCAACAAUGUCGCGUCUGGCUUGUGGUAGUUUGACGGUGUUACUUGGUGCUGUAGCCGUCGGGAUCUACUGGAACUACGAUGGCUUCGAUCCAGAGUCUCUGCGGGGGGCAACUGUCGUCAUCACAGGCUGCAGUUCCGGUAUCGGCGAACAGAUGGCGUACCAGUACGCCCGGCUGGGAGCAAAGAUCCUCAUCACAGCCAGGAGGGAGGAAAGGCUGAAGGAGGUGGUGGCGAAGGCGAAGUCUCUGGGAGCCCAGGAGGCGCACUACGUGGCCGGGGACAUGGGAAAGGCGGAGGACUGUGAGAGAACCAUUCAAACAGCCAAGGAGAAAUUCGGAAAGAUACCAUGGCCCAAUGUGACCUACUACUGCUCCGCGAAGUUCGCCCUGGACGGGUUCUUCAGCUCUCUCCGUGUGGAACUGAUGAAAGCCCAGCAGGACGUGUCCGUCACACUCGCCAUACUGGGCCUCAUCAAAACACAAAAUGUCAUAGAUCACGUGAAGAACGAGGAAGUUGUGAAGACUGCCGCCCCGGUAGACGAGGCGGCCAUGGCCAUUGUCCGAGGCGGAGCCACCCGGGCCCGGGAGGUCUACUAUCCCUUCUACACCUGGCCCACCACCAUACUCAGGGCUCUGUUGCCGCAGGUCCUCGACAAUAUUGUUAUCAAUAUCAGCUAGGGAACUAUUUUUGUUUUAAUCAAAGAAAAACAAAGGAAAAAAAGAAGCUUCAGACGGAGAUAUUAGCAUCUGUAUUUGCUUUAUUAC